UUUGGCUUUCAACUCGAGAAGGGCAUUGUUGCGAUUUCUGUGGAGCGAGUUCAAACGGCAGGGAAGAGAGACAGAGAGAGAGGGUCUGUCACACCGCAAUGCCCGCAACGAGGAAGAAAAAUGACAAACCGAAGUCGCCCAUCAACAAGAAGACCAAGACGGUGAAGAAGAAGAAGCACCAGAAGGUGGACUCGCGGAAGCCCAAGAAGCCGCCAACUGCUUUUUUCUACUUCCUGGAAGACUUCCGGAAAGGAUAUCAAGAACAGAAUCCAGAGAUCAAAUCAAUGCGUGAUAUUGGAAAGGCAGCAGGGGAGAAAUGGAAGACAAUGACAUAUGAUGAAAAGGUUGAAUAUUAUGAUAUUGCCACUGAAAAGCGGGCUGAAUUUGAUAAGGCCAUGUCGGAUUAUUUGGACAGAAAGGAAAAUGGUGAGGAUGCUGUAAGUGGUGGUGAAUCAUGCUAGAUGGUGCCUUACGCAGCCAAUUACUGACCUGACAUAUUUAAUUUGUGUUAAGAGCAGUGAGAAUGCAAAGUAGUGGAAGAGUCCUACUAGUAUGUGUCUCAAGUUGUUAAUUGUAGCGUGUUGUGUUUGUUACUUUGCUGAUCGCAUGUAUAGGCUUAUGUUUAAGACACUUGGGAUGGUUGGCAAGAUUGCUACCCAAUUCCGUCUUCGGUAGUGCUGAAUGUAUAUGAUUUCCCUUCA